ACAGCAUGGUGCUGGCAUAAAUAAACACAUAGAUCAAUGGAACAGAGAACACAGAAAUAAAUCCACACAUAGCUGUACCAAGAACACACAUUGGGAAAAGGACAAUCUCUUCAAAAAAUAGUGCUGGGAAACUGGAUAACCACAUGAGACCCCUACAACAAUAACGUUUUUUAAAGAGUAGGCAAAGAAGGUGCCUAUGAGGGAGGAGACCCAAUCUUUAGAAAUUUUAGGAAAGGAGGGAUGAGUUUCCCCAAGUGAAAGAAGGAUUGUUUCAAGUUUACAGAAUUAAAACAUCAGAGUGUCAUUAAGAUAGGAGCUGGAAAGUGAUCUUAAAAGGAACUCUACAUGAACACCGAACUGUUUGCAAUUUACAGCGCAGCUUGACGCACUCGGAUGACUGAAGGCGGCUACAGCCGUAAAGGCACCCAGGACCGCUAGGGGGCGCUCGGGGAUUGCGCACCGUGCCCACGCAUGCGCUCGCCGUUUCUCACGCACGGCGUUUGCGCGCACGCGGAGACCCACGCAUGCGCACACCCCUUCUAUAACGUCGCAGACAGUUAUUCCGGUUCCUGUGGGAGCGCGCGGGCAGCGGCGGAGCGCACUCCGCUGUUCAGGAUGUCCGAGCUGCCGAGGGAGAGCUGCGUCCCCGAGAUGGGAACAGCGAACGGCGUCAGCCACGGCCUGCGGGCGGCAGUCGGCGGCGGGAGUCGGGCCCGGGGCGCCCGGGGAGGCCCGACGGCCGCAGCCGCGCGCCCCACGGCGUGGGUGCCGCAGCCUGCUCCCCGGCGCGUCCCCGGCAGCGCCCCGCGCCCGCUGUCGAUGCCCGGCUUCCGCCAGCAGCUGCUGUUCCACGAGUCCCUGGAGCACUGCCCCCUGAUCCCGGCCCCGUUGCUGCGAGACUUCCAGGAACGCCGCAGGCUGUUUCUGGAAGGCUGCAGGGCGAGGGAGGCUGCGUUUGACGCGGACCCGCCGCAGCUGGACCUGGACGCCGCAGCCUUCACGCUGGCGCUGACCGCUUCGGCGGCCGUCCGCCCUCUGGCCGACUGAGUGGGCCGCGGCGAGGGCGAGCCGGGCGGCCGUGCGGACCCACAGGGCAGACCGGGGCCCGUGCCGACGCGUCGGCAGUCAGGCGGGAGAAGGGCAGCCGGGCCGCGGACGGGGCGAUCGGGGCGCCGCUGACGGGAGGACGCGCACGCGGAGAGAGGAAACAGGUACUCGAGAACGCCGGGCCCGUUUUCGAGGCGGUCCUGAGACCUCUCUGACUGACUAGUUUGCCAGCGAUUCCCUCUCCUGGCAUUUGCGGAGAACGUUUCGCGGUGGUUUCGCCGCACAGGAUGGUUUUGCGGAGAUAAGAUCUGAGAACAACUGUCAGUUAGGGAACCCGUUGAAAUUACCCAAGAUGACGAAAGAGGUUAAGGAAAUGCCGUCGUUAAGAGUCCAGUCGCGUGAGUUGUUAGGGUUGGAAGGCUACUGAGAGAACUUCUGAAAUUUCAGAAUUUGUGGUCAUCUCAUGUCCGUCAACAACUCUUAGCAUAAGACUAAUGUUUGUGUUUUCUGGGGUACUCUAAAUGAAUAGUAAAUAUUCAAAUGGAAAAAAAAAACAUGUUAGAUAAAUAUGUUUUCAAGUCCAUGUGAAUUUGGGUAGGGGUGGGAAUAGAUUCGUUUUUGUUCAUUUUAAGCUUUUUGAUUUAGCCUGGAAGAUGUAAUCUCACAAGACUCAAAAAAACAAAGUAUCCAAAGAUGCUGUGAGAAAUCUCUGAUAGUCAUCUCCUCUGUCAAAUUCAACACUUAUUCCUAAUAAGUAUCAUUGUUAGUGGCUUGGUAGUUUAUUUAUUUAUUUGCUGAUUUUGAUUUUGUUUUUGCUGUAUGCUUUUCAACAUUUUCCCAAUGUAUAUGCGGAUAAAUGCCAAUCUAAAUAUUUUGCAUUUUUCCCUUUUUAAAUUGAGGUAGCAUAUUAUACACCUCCAUCAACAUCAUGGGUUUUUUCACUUUUGUUGGAGAGAUUUCUGCGUUAGUGGUUUUUUUUGUUGUUGUUUUUUUAAGCAACUUCAGUAUAAGGAUGUAUCAUAUAAUGACUUAGUCAUCUUUUGGACAUCUGGGUUGUUUCCAAAAUGGGUUCUUUCUAUAUAUUUAUACAUGUUUACUCACACUCCAUGGAGCAGACUUCUGUAAGUGGAAGGAAGCUCUUGACUCAAGGGCAUAUGCGUGGUAUUUUUUUUUUAUUUCAGCAUAUUAUGGGGGUACAGAUGUUAAGGUUACCUAUAUUGCCCAUGUCUCCCCUCCCCCCUCGAGUCAGAGCUUCAAGCAUGACUAUCCCCCAAUCAUGGUGGUUUUUAUAGUUAAUAUAAGAGUGCUCCCUUUGGGGGCUAUGCCAAUGGUGAGCAUGCCUCUUUCUCCACACCAUGGCCAGCCAGACCUGGCUUUGGGAGAAUCUAACAUUGAAAACUGGUUUCUCAGUGUAGUAUUAAUUUGCAUUUCUCUGAUUAUGAUCAAAGAUGCAGAUGGUUUCAAAUUUCUUAAGAGCCCUUUGUUUUUGCUUCUCAGUGAACUACCUGUCCAUAUCCUUUACUCACUUUUUUAUUGGCUUGUAAGUUUAUUUAUAUAGCAAUCACUAAAGAAGUGAUUGCUAGCCCCUUGUGAUAUGAGAUGGAAAUACAGUUUCUCAGUUGUGACUGUUUAUGAUCCUUUUGCCAUGCAGAGAAGUGUGUGUUGGUUGUUUUUUUUUUUUUUUUUUUGUAACAAAAACAUUUGUAUGUGUGUUGGUUUUAAUGUAGCUGUAUAUAUUCAAUUUUUUUUCCUCUGUGGCCUCUAAGGUUUGAUUCAUGGUUAGAAAGGCCUUUGCCACUCCGGAAUCAUGAAAGAAUACUUUUAAAUGCUAACAUUAAAAUUUUUAUUACUUUGGGAUGUUUUAGGUUCUGGUAGUGUUUUCUUCACCCACAUUGCUCUCUCAAGUUUUUCUGGCUAUGUGUUUUUUAAUUUUUCUGGUU